GGACCAUGGCACGGCUGGGUGCGCCCUGGCACUGGGCGCUCUCGGUCCGCAUCUUCCGCACCUGGUACCUGCUGUUGGUCGCCGGACAGGUAUGUGGAGACCAAAAUGACGGGCUCGUUUUCCUGAGGGAAUUCCCACUGGUUGGAAGAGCGAACUUAUACGAAGAUUUCCUGUCUGACCUCUUGAACACUCAGAAAACUGAAGACUCGAGCUCCAGGACAACUCGCUCUGAGGAGGACAGGGACAGCCUGUGGGACGCCUGGGGCUCAUGGAGCGAGUGUUCACGCACCUGCGGUGGAGGGGCCUCCUAUUCACUAAGGCGCUGUCUCAGCAGCAAGAGCUGUGAGGGAAGAAAUAUUCGAUAUAGAACAUGCAGUAACGUGGACUGCCCACCAGAAGCAGGUGAUUUCCGAGCUCAACAGUGCUCAGCUCAUAAUGAUGUCAAGCACCAUGGCCAGUUUUAUGAAUGGCUUCCUGUGUCUAACGACCCCGACAACCCAUGUUCACUCAAGUGCCAGGCCAAAGGGACAGACCUGGUUGUUGAACUAGCACCUAAGGUCUUAGACGGGACUCGCUGCAACUCAGACUCCUUGGAUAUGUGCAUCAGUGGUUUAUGCCAAGACAAGAUGAACCUUCUGCUGCAAACAUGAGCCUCCUCUCUUCUUCAGCCAAAAGUUCACUAGGGUUCAUACAAUGUCUUAAUGGAUUCCAGCAAGAUUUCUGUGGGGCUGUAAGGAAGAAGUUUCUGGUUUGCAAGCUGGAGGAAUGUGUCCAGCACAGGACCAGCUCUGAAAUCAGGACCCACCUGGAUUCAAGCUCCAGCCCAGCUUUCUAGUCUGCUUCCGAUUUGGGGUGACUUGGCAGCCUGCCUUUAUUGUUCCAAAGUAUUGCUGCCAUUCUUUAAUUGACAGCUCACAUCUCACCUCCUCCAUCACCCCUCCCUAGGCUGAUGAGAAAUCAGCCCCAUCUGUACCCCAAAACUAAUCCAUAAGACCCUUUCAUUCUCCCACUCAAGCAAAUAGAGACAGACAAUUCUCAGUUGUUCAUAUUGAUAAAGGAAUAUGAUCCUAUAGAUAAUCUGUUAUUAUAUCUAGUCUGUCAAGACUUCUCUUCCUCAUAGAGAGGUGUAUGACACAUGGAGAUAAGUAGUUCAGGCAUUGAGAAGUGGCAGGAAUGGAAGGCCGACUAAGGGCACAAUCAAUGUGUUUGUGAUGGUGAAUUCUCACUGAAUUUUUGAUACCUACUCUCUGAAUAUAUCAUUUUUCUCCCUUAUUUUAGAUCAGGAGGCAACUUCUGAGAGGCCAAUUAACUCAUUGAAUAAUGAAUAAUAAUUUUUUAUGAAAAUAAGAAUUUCAUUUUUGAGUUUUGAAGAACAGCAGAGAACAAUUUCUAAAAACAUAUUAUUAGCCCAGCAGGCGUGACACAGCAGUUGAACAUUGACCU